CUUCCUCGUCCCACCGAGCGAUGACGCUAGAAUCAAAAAACGGAGCGCACAAAAAUUGGGGGGUCUCCAGCUCUGCCUGUGUCACAUGGAAGCACAGUAGCGGAGCCGAGGGGAUGCGAGUACAGAUGGAGGGGGCUUGAGGGACUGUGGAGCAGAAAAACUGGCUCUUGGAGAUAAAACUGGAGAUACAGCAGCGGCAUCAGAGGCAGACAGGCACUUUCCCAGCCUCCCUUCUGGCUGGGAGAGCAGAGGAGCGGAGGACAGGGGCGCGCAAGAGGGUCAACGGGCUGCUCGAAGGAUGUCACAUGCGAAAUAUGCUGCAUUCGUGUUUUGUGGACCCCGUGGAAGACAACUUAUCGCUUUUGAUUGAUUAUGCUGCGCCUGGUCCGAGUGGAAGCAGAAGGAAGCGACCAGGGUUGACGCUGCGCCUCCCCAAAUCCCUGAUCUGAAUCCCAGAGCGACUGUGGCACCUCCCUGCGUGCAUGAGUUGUAAGGGUGUGUGUGAGUGUGUGUGUGUGUGUGAGAGCAAGUGAGCGUCAGCGCUCCCACAUGGCCUCCAUGCAGGACGGGCUGAACUUCACGGCUCCUCCCUACGGCAAGGUCCUGCUGCUGGGCGCUAUCGCUGCUGCCUCAGCCUUCGUUGUCACCAUCCUCAUCGUGGUGCUCUGCGUGGGUUGCCAGAGGAAGGGGAAGACACACAAUGUUCCCAGCGAGGGUGGAAAACACCGUCUCAUGGACAUGGGUAUUCUCAGGCAGUCAAAGCUGCGGUCGAUCAGUAAAUCAGACACAGAGAUGAACAAGAUGAACUGCAACGGCAAAAGCAGGCAGCUUCCACAGAUCCCAUCUGGGACUGGAGAGGAUGGAGAGCACACUUACUCUGAGGUGGGUCGACGCUCCUCCACCUCACGUACUGAUGAUGCCCUCUACGCCAUGGUAGGCAGGGCCGGGCAGACGGACACUCCGGCCCCUCCCGCGGUCCCCGCCAACACCCCGGCCCCCCCGGACCCAGAUGGCGACGUGGAAGGAGGGCUGCCUGAACCCGAGGCCCAGGUCAUGACUCCGCCUCAUCCUCCAGAGGGAGCUGAAUAUGCCUGCGUCAGGAAGCUGCGGAAGGCCGACAAGGCGCCGCAAAAGAGGGACAGCGGGACGGAUAUGGGGGAGCCGCCGGUGCCACCUCCGAGACACGCCCCGCCAACACAUCCAGCGCCUCCUCCGCCACAUCCUCACAGCACAAAGCUGCCCCGGAGGAAUGCGGAGAACUUCAAUGUCCCGUCAUUCCCAAAGGGGACACGUCUCUUUCGCCAACAGCCUGAACAACAUCAUAUCAAUGAAGUGAUGUUUAUGGGAAACGGGGAGCAGUACAUCUGGAAGCCUCCGGAGGAUGAAGAGAUGUUCAUGCACCAAAAUAAAGCCCUGGGAUCGCUGGGUGCUCACACGAUGGAGAAUAUACAACCAUCUGCUGCAGUGGUGGCUGAGAUGUACUCAAAGGUUUGUAAAACUGGAAAGAAGAAGAGAGCUGUGCCAGGGUCGCCCCCAUCCAAUCCUGGCUUCCGGACCUUGGGUCGUGGCGACCGGGACCGAGAUCGGGACGGGGGGUUUAGUGUAGUGGUCAAACCGCAGACGUGGGCCCUUCAGGAGGGCAAAGCGAUCGGCGGGCCACUCGACGACCACUGUUACGAGUCCAUCGGGACAGAAGAGUGCGACCCAUCCUAUGAGAACCUGGAGGGUGGAGCCUGGAAACGGGAGAGGCCCCCCAACACGUGUGCCACCCUUCGACCCAGGAGGAAGAAAGCCCAGCAGCCUUUGCAGCAGCAGCAGCCCCCUCCUCCUCCGCCGACGCAGCAGACCCCCAAGUUACAGCACCUGCCUGCCAAAGCCUUGCUGCUGCCGGGGGAGAACCUGUACGAGAGCAUUGGCGACUUGAAGCAGGGCUCCGCCACCUCCAGCACCACCACCAUCUUUACUUUCAAUGACGGCAUGGAGAUGUACGUAACAGGGCUCUGAGGCGGCGGCUGCACUGUGACCCCGAACCUUCAACACAAGGAGCUGAGCUAACACCAGAGGAGUGACGGCUGGGCCCCUGUCAUGCUCCCCCACACAUACUGUUUACAUUCAAGUCAUAACAUCAGGCCUUUCACAGGAUGGGCAGAAAUGUUGAUCUGUUAUGACCUGGGCUGAAUCAAAGCCCAAUCUAUCAACCUUAAAAGGAAUCCAAAGGUAGUGAAUAUUAAAUGAGCACAAGACCAUCGCAGAGCAAUCUGUGGGUAACAGUAGCACUUCUAUUUUACUGAAACAUGUGCAAAGCACAAUAAAGUAAAAGCCUAAAUUCUUCCUCAACUUUAGCGGGUAAAAAUAGUUGUUUUCAUGGUCCGAGCAGGAAUCCUAUUUUGAGGAAAAGGCACAGGAUCUGUGAAAUCUUUUGGUAGCACUUAGUCUGUCACAAACAGGCCUUCCCUGUAGUCUGACGAGAUGUGAUUCAGGACGGAAUUUAAAUGAUAGGAAAGAAAUGAAUUACUAAUCAAAAUACUUGAAAGCUCAGGGACCAAGAGAAUCAAUUAAGAGAGUAUUUAAAGAAAAAUUGCACACAUUUUGCAUUCCUCCCAAAAGCUUUGACUAAUUUAGACCAUAAUCACGUUUAAAAACCGACCGGAUACUUCCCUCUGUCACCUUUUGUUUCAUCUGACAUGGACUGAACACUGUCUCCACUGCCGUCUGUAAAUGAAGUGUUUUACUUUGUUGAUCCUGUUUCUGCACUUUGCCUGCUACGAGUUGCAUGCUAAAAAAAGUGGAAAAAAAGACAAAAAAUCAAGCACUGUCAUGUGGUACCUCUAUAUGAAUGUUUUUAUUUUAUUGUUGUUGGUUGUUUUCUUUUCUUUUAGUGUGUUGCUUUAUUUCUCUGUAGAGCACAAAGCCAGUUAAGUGAAGGAAGUCUCUGGCUCGGUGGGACUCUGUUCAGCAGAGAGGAGAGGUAGUCUUCUCUCACGGUUUGCCUGCUGAAAACAGAACAGAUGAAACCAGACUAAAGAGAACUGCUCGAGUCCUAAAGGUGGAGACAGACCACUCAACCCCCCACACACACACGCACACACACACAUACCUCUCUCUGCUCAGUCCUCCCUCAUGUCUGUGGACCGUUCAUCUCCAUCGUCCCUGCCUUGUGCUCAUAUGAAUCUGCUUUGGGUUUUCACCAUAGUGCAGCUUGGAAAGCUACUGUAGAACUGAUGUGUAUUAGCAAAACGUCAUGUCUCAUCAUCACUCCAUCGAUGAACUCUCUCUCUUUCUCUCUUCUCUCUCUUUCUCUCCGUUAUCUGUGUUAAAAAUAUCGCAGAAGUGACAAAAAUGUGAAGCAAAAUGGUUUCGCUAAGCAGCAGAGCAUCACCUCGAGGAUAACACGCUCAAAUUCACAUCCCAAAUCCUGGACAAUAACGACGUUUUUUCAUUUGACCAAAUAUCCCCAGCAAACAAUGUGAUUAUACUGUAUGUUGAUGCAAUGUGUAUGUACAUUACAAAAGAGAAAGAAUAAUAAAUAUAUCAUCAGUGUCAAGAAAUCUAUCUUUUUCUAUUACGUUUAAUUGUGUUUUGGAAUGACUUAUCUUGUGACACAAACUGCAAAACAGCUGCAAUGUAAAAAAAAAUUCCCGUGUAUUCUGUUUGUUGUUUUUUGAAGCCAUGAAGCUACGGUGUGUUCUUGGAAAGCCCGGCUAAGUUAAAUGUGGCAGCUAAUGUUGUGUGUUUGCUAUUCAGACUACAGGGUCUUGUACUCAGAAGCGUGUAAUUAAGUGCUAAGUGCAAAAGAUUGUAAUGUUUUAUAUCAAGAUUACUAUUCAUGAAAUGUCAGUCAAGUUUAUACUUUUGUAAUAAAGUGGCACUUU